AUGCCUGCGAAAAGUCCCUCCAAUGCCAAUGUGGUGACGACCCGGGAAGUGAGGACGCGGUCAUGCCAGGUUCAAGACGCGCUACGAGUGGAGGUUCUCAUUUCUCCUCCGGAGCGGUAUCCAGCAAAUGUGCGAAUUUGUUCACAGCCGGUCAGCAAGGGCAAGACGGGCGAAGGCUUUCGUGUGAGGCUGAUUGUUGUGCCGAACAUUCCUGAGCUUGUCGCGGUUCUGCACAUCGCUGCCCCAGAUGAUGUGAAGAAUUCGUGGAUCUGUACCAAUCUGAUGGUCACAAUCUCCGUGUGCAAGGCCAAGGAUCUCGAUUUCAAGAUCAGCAGAUCCCGGGUGGAAAAGGUUUGCAAAGAUCGACCUGUCACAGGAGUCUUCCGCGGAUUGUUGAAAUGUUCCGACAUGAUCGACCGAGAUCAAGGCUGGUUGAACGACAAAGGUGAACUUCAAGUCCAAGCUGAGAUCCGUGGCCUUCCAAGCUUUAGCCCAACGGUGGAUUUUUCCCAAGAGCUCAAAGUGGUGACCUUCCGCUUGGCCGGCGAUCGGUGUCUUUACUUCGAUCGUCGCGUCCUGAUGGGUCAGUCUGAGUACUUCCGGGAGAUGUUGGCCACUUCGGUGUGGCAAGAAUCACGGACAGGUGAGAUUGACCUCAGCAAAGAUCCGCAGUGCACGGUGGAAUCAGUCUCAGCUCUGUUGGAUUACAUGACCAGCAACAGCUUUGAAGCUCAUGGAAACACCGACCUGGCUUUCGUGGUUCGCAUGCUGGCAGAUCGAUAUCAGUUGCGUCAGCUGGUGGAAGAGGUGGAUUCCCAGUUGGAAUCCCAGUUGAGUCGAGAGAAUGUCCUGAGUUUCUUCGGGCGUUUGAUCGGUAGCAACAGUCUGUUGGAAGCGAAGUGUCUCAAGAUGUUGGAGCUGGAUGGGCAACGGAUCUUGGAACAACAGGAGGCGACCUUGGAUCAGAUCACCGAGGAGAAUCCAUUGUUGGCCAAGAAGUUGAUCCAGGUGCUCCUUCAGCGCGGCAAGAAACGCGCCCGGGAGGCGGAGUGCUCCAAGGAAGUGAGCCGGGUGCAGCAGACCUUUGGAUCAGAUGAUUUGCUUUGCAGGUACCAGCUGUCCUCGUUUUGGGUGCUCUCUUGCGUUCCACCGAUCACCCAUAGUGUGCUCAACACGCUGAAGCGGGUCGUGAUCAUUGUGGUGUCUAUCAUUGUCUUCCGAACUCCAGUCACUCCUCAGAGUGCAGCAGGUACCGCUAUUGCCAUCGGCGGAGUUUUGCUGUAUUCCCUCACAAAGGCGCACUAUGCGAAGAAGAAGUGA